UUUGAUAUAAGUAUAUCAUCGUUGAUUGUAUUAUAUUGAAAAGAAAGUAGUAAAAAAUCUUUUUUUAGUAAAGAAAACUAUACGAUAGAUGUCUCGAUAGAUUGAUGUGUUGACAAGACCAAUAGCAUUAGUGAUUAUUACUAACAGAUUUACAUAUGUUGUAUGUUUGGUUACAAUGAUUAUAAAAGCAAAACAAAAUAUGCGAACAAUAGUGGCAAAAUUUUAUUUUAUUCAAUAUAUAAAUUAUUACUUUAGCUGCGUUUUGUGAAAAGAAAUGUAACUAUUGUCGUUUUCUAAUAAUUGUGAGGUUAGAAAAUGUGGUAAUUGAAGCCAAUACAGUCAAGAAUUAAUGAAUAAAAAUAAGAUAUAUGAUGAGCACAAGAAAGAAAAGUUGUCAUAUUCUUUAUCGAAGAAAAAAAUAAAUAUGCCUGUGACCAGAGAAGUAACUAUAUGUGUUGUAGUCUGUGGAGAUAGAUUAGAUGAAUCCUUGACUAUGCUUAAAUCAGCAUUAGUUUUUACAAAUACAUCACUGCAAUUUAUAAUAAUAACAGAAAAUAACUUGAUACCGGCAUUUAAUGAAAAGUUAUCAGAAUGGAAACUUAUUUCUAAUAAAACAUUUGACUUCGUAAUAAGAUCUAUAACAUUCCCUGAAGGAAAUGAUCCAGGAAUAUGGAAAAAAUUGUUUAAACCUUGUGCUGCUCAACGAUUAUUUUUACCAACUGUCUUAAACAAUACAGACGCAGUUUUAUAUAUGGAUACAGAUACAUUAUUUUUAGCUCCACCAGAAAAAAUAUGGGAUGAAUUUAAAAAGAUGAAUUCCAACCAAUUAGCUGCUUUAAGUCCAGAACAUGAGGACCCCAAUACUGGCUGGUAUAAUCGAUUUGCUAAACAUCCAUAUUAUGGAAAAUUGGGAGUGAACUCUGGUGUUAUGUUAAUGAAUUUAACAAGGAUGAGACAGUUCAGAUGGACAAAUUAUGUUGUGCCCAUUCAUAAGGAAUAUAAAUUAAAGAUAACAUGGGGAGAUCAAGAUAUUAUAAAUAUAAUAUUCCAUUAUUAUCCAGAAAAACUUUAUGUUUAUCCAUGUAGAUUUAAUUACAGACCUGAUCAUUGCAUGUAUAUGUCAGUCUGUACAGAAGCAGAGAAACAUGGUGCUUUAGUAUUGCAUGGAUCUCGAGGCAUGUUUCAUUCGCAGAAACAACCACCAUUUAAAGCUGUAUACAGAUCCAUGCAAGAGUAUCAAUUGAAUACAGAUCCAUAUGAUUAUUUAUUUGUACCAAUGAAAAAUUAUUUGACAUUGGAAGAUAAAUCUAAUUGCGGCAAAGUAUGGAAGGCAUUUCUUAUACAACCUGAAUUACAUUUAAGCAAAAAUGUUUGAAGUUACAUAGUAAUAAUGUAUAUAUAGGUACUUCAUCCUAUGUAACCAGAAUAUAACUAAAAUUUUGAGAUACUCUUUUUAACAAUAUUCGAAUUUAUCUAAAUGCCUAUUGAAAUAUGUACGUAAGAUAGCAAUAAUAUGUGGAAUAUUGAGUUUCAAUGCUGUAUUCUUGUGCCAUCAUUAGUGAUUUUUAUAUAGUUUUACAUAAUAAAAAACAUAGGAAGAAUUUUAAUUUUAAAUAAUAGAUAUUUGAAUGAGAUAUAUACAUGUACACUUAGUAGGUGUAGUCAUAAGCAAUUAUUCGUGACAUAGUUUAUAUUUAAAAUAUUGAUAUGUCUUAUAUUAACUUAUAAAAUAAGACUGAAUUCUCUUGAUAUUCUUUUUCAUCCAUUUUAUUAGUACAUAUAUUAUAAUCUAUUCUAAUUAUGCCUUUUAUCACUUUUAGUAUUAAUACUAAAGUGCAUUUGUAUCUACCAUUCUCCAACAUUGGUUAUUGGGUAGAUAAGUAUUUAAUGUGGUAUGUUACAUAAUAUUAUUAUGCAUACAAUAUUUAUACUUCAACAUCGUCUACAUUAUACAAUUUUCUUCAUUUAUAAAACAAAUUAUAUAACAAAUAAUAAAUUCAUAUCUUAUUAAGCA